GCCUCGGCGUGAGAGAGACGUUUGCGCUGGUUUUCUCGCGACCUACUAAGCCGUCACUGCAGGAGCCACAAGCAUGGGUUGAUGAGUGGCGCAUUCGGAAAGAGAAAGAGAUGUCUGGUGUACAUCGCAUGACAGACACAUCGCGUGACGCCUGCAUGGCUGACUGCCUAGUCGUUCCGCCAUGCAACUCGCCCAACUUCCUGGAUAGCUGUGCUUCAUACCUGUGCGGUAAAGGCAUACAGGAAUGAUGUCAAUGCAUUAACAAUGCGAACGACCAACAGAGCGUCCCCAUUUGAUAUUUGUGUACUUCUAAAUAUAAAGCAACAUAGGAUGCUGAAUGAAAAAUAUAUUCAAUUCAAACAUUUUUUUUAGAUUGAUUCAUUAAGUGUUGGUACUAGUGUAAUGUAGUUGUUUUAAACGAGUGUUGCGUGCGUAAAGCACAGCUUGCGACGAUGGCCGAGGAUGUGUCUAUUCAGCUGGACUUCAGCCCCAUCAGCAUCGACACGCAAUACCUGACGCUGAACCAUGCAGUUAACUGGCUCAUUAAUCUGGAGUGGUGGGAAUGGCUCAUUCUUCUGAAGAUUGGCUUCGUGUUUUGGGUUCUUAACGUCACUGUCAUCCUGCCCUCGCUUUACAUGCAGGUGCUGCUGUACACCGACGAAAUGACGUCACGCAAGUUCCAGCCAUCUCUCCCCAAUUUCGUCGAGAUCUCCAAGAUGCUUCGUCUUGGACAAACUAAGUACUCCUUCAUGCAGCGGGAGAAAUCUCAUAUAUAGAGGAAAGGAAGAAAUGUGUAAUAGAGAGCAACAAUCAAGUGGAGGAGACAGCAGAGGAACGCGUCGCCAUAUCAUGAUCCCAGCCCCAAGGAACUGAGUCUUCCUUACUUGUACUACUGUACUAUGGACUGCUUGUGAGUAGCAGUGUAUGUAUAUAUAUGCAUAUAUGUAUAUAUAUAUAUAAGUGUGUGUAUGUGUGUGUGUGUAUAUUUAAUUGUUUCAUUUAAAAUAUUUUGUAACUGUAUUCACUUAUUUUGUGUUCAAUUAACUUUUGUUAGAGCGGUUUGGUAACUGUUUCGCUCGCUUGUUAUUUUAUAAGUAUAGUACAAACUCAUCCCUUUAUAUAUAUUUUAUAACCAAACGCGCAUGUAAAUGAUUUAAAGCCUUUAUUUCUUUAUCUCGUAGUAUUUCCUGUAAGAUAUUUA